CACGUGUGUGUGUACAGGAUGGCUUCCGGCAAAGAGGAAGAGAAAUUGACAACGCCCGUGUCGCCCGAGCACGACCCAGACAACGAAAACUUCCCCUUACGGAGCGACUCCCCUCCAAACCCGCAGCAACGCGGCACCGUGCUGGCAUUCCUGUCGGGUGAGGAGCGCGACUUGUACAGCGAGCACAACGUCAGAUUCUGGAUGAGCUCGGGAACCGCUCCCCACGACAGCCGGACUUUCGGGAAUAUUUUGAAACACCUGGAGGAAUUGUUGCCAGGUGCCAGCCGUAAGACGUCCAUCAUGAAGUUCCUCGCACACGUGGUCCGCAUCCAAUACCACACGGAGAGCAUCGUUCGUCUGUCGAGCUUCUGCGACCUGGUGCGCUGGUUCGGGCCCUUCAGGGAAAUCGUCUACAAUCAGAAGAAGACGUGCGUGUGCCUGUGCAACCUGGAGUUGCUCAUGAUGGAGUCACAGGUGCUCGUGUCGAAGCAGAAAAUGAGCUGGUUCGCGGGUCACAUGAACAGUGCGGCGGCGGAGGAGAAACUGCGGGGGCGACCUAGCGGCACCUACCUGGUGCGCUUCUCCGAGUCGGAGCGCGAAACGGGCAGCUUCGCGCUGUCCAUCGUUGUCGCUGGCGGUGGUGGCACGGAGCACGUGACCAUCAAGGGCGACCCCAAGAUGGUGAACUCGGAGGUGGCGGCGGCGAGAGACGAUCCCAACCUGUGGCUGGAGUACUGCGCGGACAGCGACGGGCGCAGGUACCCCAGCCUGCCCGUGCUGAUGAACAAGCGGCUCAUGGAAGACGCCUUCCACGAUGACCACGAGGACACCGCCUGCGAGGCAGCGUGCCCCGACCUGCCGCUCAACGCCAUAUUCAGGCCCUAUCGGAACAAUUCCUGAGUUUCCGACGAUCAGAGGUUGGGGGAGUUUAUAUCGCGCGCGGCCACCUGCGUUUGUUUAGAGAGUUUUCCAUGUAUCAGUUGUAAACGUUCACUUAAUCCAUCAUCAGUUGUAAACGUUCACUUAAUCCAUCAUCAAGUGAGGCUAUCCUUAGUCUCCUGAGUUCUCGCCUAAUCAAACAAAACAAACCUGAAUUGUCUUCUUUGGUUCUUUCGGUAAAGUCACGUAGAAUGAGAAUAAAAUAAUAAGUUAAUAAAAUAAAAUAACACUAAAAUUCUCACGACG